GCAGUAUAUAGAGUCUUGGCGCCGGCGCCAGCUGAGCAGCGCUGAGCCGGCGGCAGCGGGAAGGGAUUCUACAACCCAAGGAAGAUGUCAAGACGCAGUAGUCGAUUGCAAGCCAAGCAGCAACUGCUGCCGCCGCCACUCCCCAGUCAGGAAGAGUCUACACAAGCACUGCAGGCACCAGAGCCUCUCCAGACCAAGAAAAGGAAAACAGAGGAUAUCAAAGUAGAAGAUGAAAAGCUCAUUAAAAGACAUCAGUAUGAGAUUAAGAGUUGUUGGCCACCCACAAUAUCAGGAGGCAUCUCCCCCUGCAUAAUUAUUGAAACACCUCACAAGGAAAUGGUAGCUACUGAUUUCUCCAGAUUUAAAAAAUACAGGUUCAGAAACCUCUUCAUAAAUCCAUCACCGUUGCCUGAUCUUAGCUGGGGAAAUUCGAAAGAUGUCUGGCUCAAUAUUCUGAAAAAGGAGAACAAAUAUGCUCACUGCAAACAUUUUACUUCGCUACAUUCUAACUUGCAACCACAAAUGAGAUCAAUACUCCUGGACUGGCUGUUGGAGGUGUGUGAAGUAUAUAUGCUUCACAGGGAAACCUUUUACCUAGCCCAAGACUUUUUUGAUAGAUUCAUGUUGACACAAAAGAAUAUCAAUAAAAAUAUGCUUCAGUUAAUAGGAAUUACCUCAUUAUUCAUUGCCUCCAAACUUGAGGAGAUAUAUGCUCCUAAACUACAAGAAUUUGCCUAUGUCACAGAUGGUGCUUGUAGCGAAGAUGAUAUUAUAAGAAUGGAGCUCAUUGUAUUAAAGGCUUUAAAAUGGGAACUGUGCCCAGUGACAAUCAUCUCCUGGCUCAAUCUGUAUCUCCAAGUGGACGCUUUGAAAGAUAUUCCAAAAGUGCUUCUACCUCAGUAUUCUCAGGAAAAAUUUAUUCAAAUAGCACAGCUUUUAGACCUAUGUAUUUUAGAUGUCAGUUCUCUGGACUUCCAGUAUAGAACACUGGCUGCUGCUGCACUCUGCCACUAUGCCUCAGCCGAGGUAGUUAAAAAAGCCUCAGGUUUAGAUUGGGACAGCAUUUCAGAAUGUGUAGAAUGGAUGGAACCUUUUGUUAGAGUGGCAAGAAAAGCCCCAGUGAAAUUGAAGAGUUUUAAGAAGAUUGCCAUGGAAGACAGACAUAAUAUCCAAACCCAUACAAACUACUUGGACAUGCUGGAUGAAGUGAAUUGUGGAGCAACUCUGACAGCACCAGGACAGUUAUCUCCAGGAUGUAUAGGAGGAAUAAUAACCCCCCCCAAAAGCACAGAGAAAAAGUGAAAUAUGGAAGCAGCAGCCAAGACAAAUGCAGUGAACACUGUGGUAGAAACUCCUAAGCAGGAUGCUGUGCUUCAGUACAAGGCUACCCAAAAGCAAACUAAUCCUUGCACAUUUAAUUCCUCAACACCCUGUGGAGUAACAAAUGAUGUGUCAAGCUGGGUAAGGGAUAGGAGACUUGGACUUCAGUUUUAAGAAUUGUUAUAGAACACCCUUCCUUAUGUUUUAUAGGUAGCUGAAUUAGACCUUUUGCUACCUUCUGUUUUUUAUCUAUGCUACAGUAGGAAUAUUUAAUUUGACCAAUUCUUAAAUUAUGAAUUGUUUCAUUAUGGAUUUCAGGAACUUGUUUUAAAACAGCUUGUUGGAUAGAAUUGCAGUCAUUAACUGGGUAGAGCUAUAACAAUUUGUUGAAUGGCAGAAGAAACAAAUCUGGAUUUUUUUCCCCUCCAUGUAUUACUCGAACAAGAAUCUGUACAAAAAGUCAAACCUAUUAGUUUAUAUAGUUUUUGCCAAUAUCACUUUUUCCUAAAGUUAAAGGCCAUAUUUCAUUGACAUUUUAACCUGAUUGCACUUAGCUUUGCCUACCUACCUAUAUGCUGGUGCAAAUGGGAGAGAGGCAGGGAUUACUAUUUGAAGCUCAGAUGCCUUUUAAAGUCCAGAUAGCAGCUUUAGUUAGUUGGGCUUGAACUGGUCCCUCAGUCUAGACAAGGCUUAAAUAAAGUGGCAGAUUACUUUUAAAAUAGCUCUGUAAAUAGGGUUGCUGAAGUGGUGCUAAUCUGAACUUGGUCUGAGUCCUAAGUUUGAACUCAGGUUAAAAAAAAAAUUUUUUUUUGCUGCUGCAGUUAAUUUAACUGGAAAAGUAGGUGAAGGAAAAAAUUCUGCUUCAUACUAAGACCUAGAUAUGGCCCUUUUAAAUGUAAUGCUCUUAGUUAGAACUAGAGUAGAUUUAGGAAGAGUUGCACCUGAACUGGAAGCAGUUUUAAUAUCCCAUACAGCAUUAACCACUAAUGUAUGCUCCUUUGAAUGUUCACUACCUCUUCUCCUGCCACACUUGCUUCUGCUCUACAUCAGGGCAGGUGUUCCAGCAAGGAGCAUCUUUUUGAACAAGAGGAAUUACAUGCAAAUCAGUAAAGAAGAAUAUUAAUUGUAUAUAACUCAAACUCUUGAUGGCAGUGUGAGCCAUGCUUAUUCAAUGCACACAUCACC